AUGUAUCCUUUGGGUUAUCAGCGCGGCGAGUACACUCAUCAUGGUGGGCGGCAAUCACAAAUUGAGGAUAAGGGCCAGCACGUCCUUCAGGAGUCGACGAAGCAAGAUUCUGGGCUUGAAGGAAAACAACAGAUGUGGUUAACACGACCCGGCAUGCCCUCCCCCCUACCUGAUGAGAUUCUAUACGAGGCAGCAAAGAUAGCUGUUAAAGUGUUAUUAGAACUAAGGAACCAUCUUCCAACUCUCGCUAUCAUUCGCCAGAACUCUCUUAGUCAAGAUGCUAGUGUGAUCCUGGACAGGUGCCAGGAUCUACAGAGCGGGCUACAACAGCCACCGAGCUGCAUCGAGAUGGAAGGUUACGCUCUUUAUCUUUACACUGAGCUCAUAGAGCAUUAUUCGAGAGAAAUCGUGCUAGGCCUCAGUUAUGCCACUCGCCUUAAACUAUCCAUUAUAGUUUGGCAUUUCGAUCCUCCGUCUUGCAAUCCUUCCCCCGGGCCCGUCACGUCCCAUUUCAAUGCCUCACCUCGCGAACCUUCCACAGCACUCGUCGCAUUCCUCCGAAGCCCGCUCAAUAUGGAAGUGUGGAAAACGCUUCAUGUCAGAUACCAGAAGAUGUGCCAACUAGUCCCUUUUGGUGUUUUUAUACGCUCAUUUGACUUUUUGCUAUCAUCGCAACUACCCCGAGAGCCUCUGGCGAAUCAACUAGAGUUCGGGGAUAGCCAAUUCCAACUUCAGACUCCUCGAGUGCUGGCAAACCGAAAGGUUCGGUCAGACCCAUUGAUACGAAAGCGCCAAUUCUUAACGCCAGUCAAAUGCCCAACCACAUCAUCCUCCUACCACCCACAAAACUUCAAAGCAUGCACCACCGACGAUAAGGACUGUGGGAGAUCAUAUUCUAGCGGGCAAGAUGUGCACCAUGCGGAGUCCCUCCCACAUCCGCAGCUAACCAGUCUACUGCCGCUAUCUCGUAUUUCUAUGCAUGGCCUUAGAGAACAUGCCGUGACACCUGCCUACAGCGACUUUGCAGCACCGGCCGUUGACUUAUCACAUGGCUUCAUACCAUGCCAGCCAAGGAGGAACCCGGACAAAGCCGCUACUUCCACUCCCACACUGGGUGCCAAAAAGUCUGAAAAGCUGCGAGGAGAAAAGGCCUAG